AUGAACAUUAAGAAACAAAAUCAGUCAAGAGAAUCACUAAAAAGUCUUCUGGCUGGACGACCUGAACUUGAUUUGCAUCAGGUCUUGGAAGAUCCCAUCUUGUUGAGCUCAUUCGAGUCUUAUUUGACAAAGUCGUGGUCCCAGGAAAACCUGCUGUUCAUUGAAGCCAUGAAUCAGUUACGGCAUGACGGUAUAGGGACUUCAGAAGAUGCAGAAGAGAUAUUCAGGCGCAUCUACAAUACAUUUAUUGCCCUUAACGCACCAAUGGAAAUCAAUGUUAAAACACAAGAAUUAGUAAAAGAAAGACUAUCAACAGUACAGUGGGCAAUAUUCACUCGAAACCAAGCAUUAGACAUAUUAAAAGAGACGGAAGAAGAAGUAUUAGUAAUGCUUAUGACCAAGCUGAGCGACUUUUUGUCAUCACCACUCGCCACAGUUAGUACUAAACAAAGCAAACUAUUCAGCAGAGAAGCGACUUCUGCACAGAAGCGAGUGGUCAUUAUCGGCGGUGGAUUCACUGGCUUCACAGUAGCAUCUAUCUUAGACCCAAUGCCAUUGUUUCAUGUUACAUUGAUUGAUACGAAAGAUUCAUUCGAAUACACGCCUCACAUUAUUACAAAAGUUGUCAGUCCUGAAGAAUCGUCAUCGCUCAGGUUUGCACAUGAUUCAUACAUCAAGAAUGGAAGAAUCAUCAUUGGAUGGGCCGAAGAUAUAUGCCACGAUGCAAAAUGCGUCAAGGUGAAUGGAGAAAAGAUCUACUGUGAUUAUCUAGUGAUAGCCACUGGAAGUUCCUAUGCUGGUCAAUUGAAAUCUAGUGAUUCAUCCUCAUUAUAUCGAACGGCUGGGCUAGACAGUAUUGCUGCAGGAAUCAGGAACGCUAAGAAAAUCUUGAUAAUAGGCGCAGGCCUAGUAGGUUGUGAAUUGGCAGCUGCGAUUGCCAAAAAGACAUUUCAUUCACCUAUUCCCAAGAAGAGGGUGAUUCUCGUCGAGGGUCGAGAUCGAAUUAUUUGCAGAGGGGAUGAUAAGCAACGCAGGAAGGCUGAAAAGUUUCUCAAAGGCCUUGGCGUUGAAAUCGUCUUAAAUGAGAAGAUAAAGGCUCACAUCAUCCAAGGCGACUACGAGUAUGCUGGAUCAAGCGGGCGCAUCUAUUCAAGCAAUGACUACACAAUCUUUAUGGCCACAGGUGUCAAAGUCAAUACAUCUUUUAUAGAAAAAAGCACAAAUGCACCCUCACUGGAAGAGUGCCUCGAUAAAAACGGUCUGAUUAAAGUUAAACCUACACUGCAACUAGAGCAUUGGAAAUAUCGCCAUAUAUUUGCUGGUGGAGAUGCCACAAAUGUAACAGAAGAAAAGACUGCCUAUGCUGCAACACUUGCUGGCGUGUGUAUCUCAAGGAACAUUUGCCGCAUUGAAAAGAAUAAACUACCAAUUGCUCAAGGGACUAAAGGUCUUUUUGCACCACCAGCCAAGACACUUCAUGGUAUCAAGUCAAAUGGUGGCAUUGGAAAACGUAAGAAAUCAUCUCAAUGA